AUGAAAGAACUCAUCGGCACCCUGGAGGCGAGGGUGGCCGCCGCUGGCGACCAUAUUUCUGAACUCGCAAACGAGCUGGCAGGGGUUGCGGAAUGCGCAAAGGAAAAGAUCGAAGGGGCUGUAGAGAACAUUCAGGAGGCAGGAUGCGCAGGCCUCCCCCUCGGUGAGUCGUCACCUGUCUCUCUCCCUUUCUCCUAUGCGGAGGCUGUAAGAGCAAGCCUCCCGAGUACCACACGAGCUGCGCAGUUGAGUGUCGUAGACCGGGAGAGCAUCCGUGCACGACAGAUCCUUAUUGAUGGCUUCCCUGGGAACCGCGACGGCACACUCUUGGAGACAGAGAUUUUAGAGCAGGCUAAUGAUGCGCUCGAUUACCUCUCGAGAGAAGAACUUGACGUUCCGGAAGGUCUCCGCUUUACUGUGGCGAAGGCCCUCCGGAACGGGGGAGUAGUUCUGGAGCUCGCCACACCAGACCUGGCUAAGUGGAUAGUGCAGCACGCACACGAUUAUGAGUUUGUUUUGAGCCCAAGGGCAAAGAUUCGCCCUCGCCAGUACAAGUUGGUUGCGGAGUUUACACCGGUUGGGUUAGAUCCAACCGAUACUACACAAUGGCGACAGACAGAACUAGAUCUUGAUCUUGAGGAAGGGGCAAUUGUGGAUGCUCGCUGGAUUAAGCCAAUUCACAAGCGGUACCAAGGCCAACGUUUUGCUCACCUAUUGGUUACGCUCUCCUCUCCGGAAGCAGCCAACAAGGUUAUCCGAGCAGGUCUGGUGCUAGCGGGCCGCCAUGUAAGCGUAAGGAAGAACCUGGCAGAACCAUUGAGGUGCUCCAAAUGCCAGCGCUACGAUGCAGGGCACCUGGCCAAGGAGUGCCCUCAGGACCAUGAUACGUGCGGAACAUGU